UAUUAAAUUUGAGAUUCUAGUAAUCCGGAUCAUUUGUCCAACUCGAGUCGAAUGAUCUCGAUUGAAAUUCUGAUCACCAUUGAGCGAAGCGAAAUUGAGAAAUGGGCUGCUGCUUAUGGAUUGGCUUUUGGGUUGAUUGGCAGCCCAUAUUCGAGAUGAUCCAAUCACGUUAAAGCCUGAACUGGUCCGAGGAUUUCGGGUAUUUGGGUCCGAAUCAGUUAAUCCAAACCAAUCAUCGAGGAGGAGCCGAAGCGACCAAUGGAGUCGGUGUCGAAUCGGCGUGUUGUUGAUUGAGCAAUUGAUUUCUUUGUUGGGCGAUGAUCCGAUUCCGUCGUGUCCUCGCCGUAAUCGGUGGAGGCAGUAGAAGUAGAAGCAAACACACGGUGGUGAUGAGCUUUGGGGACGGAAGCCAAGGGGCGCUGGGCUUGCCCACCUCCGCCGUCGGCAUGGGCGGCGACGCCUACGAGCCCACUGCUGUUCCUGGACUCCCUCCAGACGUCUCCAGCAUCAGUGCCGGCCACUACCACUCCCUCGCCGUCACUUCUCUCGGAGAGCUCUGGGCUUGGGGCCGCAACAUCGAAUCCCAGCUCGGCCGCGGCCUUCACUCUGCUAGAGAAUCUUGGAAUGAGCCCAAGAGAGUAGAAGGGUUGGAUCAAGUAAAAGUUCAAGCUGCAUUUGCAUCUGGUGUCAUAUCUGCAGCAAUUGGAGAUGACGGCUCUUUGUGGGUCUGGGGCAAGUCCAAACGUGGACAGCUUGGUCUUGGAAAAGGAAUAACUGAGUCUGUUUCACCAUCCAGAGUUGAAGCUCUUGCGGGAGAAGAGAUAGUUAAGGUAUCACUUGGUUGGGGACACGCUCUGGCACAGACUAAGGAUGGAAAGUUGUUUGGCUGGGGUUAUUCCGCAGAUGGUAGAUUAGGACAGAUGGGAAUGCCAUUAGAGUCCUCUCAUUUAGAUUCAAGUAGUGAUAUACCGAAAGCAACAGAGCUCUCAAGUUCAGUUCUAGAAGCUGCUGAAAAAUUGGUAUUAGAAGGAAUGGAGAAGGAGAAAGACAUGCCUAUUGUCUGGGAGCCCUGUUUAGUCAAAGAACUAUGUCAUUUCGGAGUAGUAGAUGUGGCAUGUGGGCUUGACCAUUCAUUAGUUCUCUGCCGUGAUGGCACUCUAUUGAGCAGUGGGAGCAAUAUAUACGGCCAGUUGGGCAGAGUCAUUCAAGAUUUGGGAAUGCUGCCAGUCGACAUAAGUUUUCGUCCUAUUUCUAUUGCAUCAGGACUCGGCCAUUCUUUGGCCAUAUGCCAAAUUGCAAGCUCAGAGGGCAUGGGAGAUACCACAGGCAUUGUUUCAUGGGGAUGGAACCAGAGUUCUCAGCUUGGGAGGGAAGGCCAUGAGAACUUCCCGCUGGUGGUUGAGGAGCUGGUGGGGGAAACCCCUGUUUCAGUGUCGGGAGGCCGUGCACAUUCAGUUGCUCUGACAUCGAAAAGAGAGGUAUGGGUUUGGGGCAGUGGUCGAAAUGGGAGGCUUGGGUUAGGUAGCUCCAUUGGUGAAGAUGAGCCGAAGUUAGUUGAAUAUUUGGAAGGUUCUGAGGUUCUGCAAGCUGUUUCAGGCUUUGAUCAUAAUCUUGUCCUGGUUUCUGAAUGAUGUAUAUCUUGAUGAGAGCCUUGAACAGAGUUUCUUCUAUGAAUUUGUUACAGUUUGUUUUGGGAGAGCAUCAAACUUCAAUUAUUCAGUUGCGCCAAUUUGGGGGGAAAAGUGGAUGAUCAUUUGCUGAUGUCAUACAUCAGCACAAAUUAAUGGAAUUGAUUUUGUAGAAUAUGCACAAUUUAACAUUAAAAAAUCCCUUUUGAAGGUUUUUUUUU